AUGAAGAGCCGAUCUCAUCAGCCGCUGAUCCUCAAGAAAAGGAAGUCCUCUCGGCCGGGAAGCCCAGCGGAGGACGAAGAAGCGAGGAGUCCAGCGGGCCGGCUCAAGCAGGAGCAGCAAGGAAUCGCCUGCGAUCUCCAAGGCGUCCCGGGGGGAUCUCCCCGCCAGAUGGCCGUAGCAGAGGACCGCUUCGCCUUGAUCAACUCGCGCGGGGUCAGCAGAAGCCCGGCCCCAGCAGAAACCCAAAGCCACAAGGACUUGCUAGCCGCUGAGCAGUGUCCUAGGAAGGACCCAGCCUUGGGGAGUCUAUCCGGGAAAGGGAGCAGCUCUCUGGGCCUGGACGCCAGGCCGUUUCAAAACAUAUCCGGAUCUGAAGAAGGGAGCAUCUCUGCAAACCAGGGGGCCCCCGAGGAAGAAAAGCUGGCUGGGCUAUUGUCCUGGACCCAGGAAGAGUUGGAUUUUUUGGCCUCGCAGUCUUUGGGUAGCCAAGAAGAGGAAAGAACCAGCAGUGAGGAGGCAGCCAACUCUGGCCUGAACAGCAGCCUGACCAACAUCCAUUGGUUGGGGAAGAUGACUUCAACCCCACUCAGCUCCUGUAGCAUGAAAAAAGACACGGAGAAGGAAAACCAGACCCCCAAACAGAAGACAAUUAAGUCUGAGGGGAGUCCCACAGCCGCCACCGUCUCUUCUGCUUUGUGGAAGGAAUCCUUUUCUGAACGGCCCCCGUACUCUUACAUGGCCAUGAUCCAGUUCGCCAUUAACAGCACCGAGAAGAAGCGCAUGAUGCUGAAAGACAUCUACACCUGGAUCGAGGAUAAUUUCCCCUAUUUCAAGCAUGUUGCCAAGCCAGGCUGGAAGAACUCCAUCCGUCACAACCUUUCCCUUCAUGACAUGUUUGUUCGGGAGACAUCCGCCAAUGGGAAAAUUGCAUUCUGGACCAUUCAUCCUGAAGCAAACCGCUACCUGACGCUGGACCAGGUGUUCAAGCAGCAGAAGCGUCCAACUCUAGAUCUGCAGAAGAACUUGAAAGUCACCAAAGCGGAGUCCCAGACUUCCCGGCCGAGGAUUAAGCCCUUGCUGCCACGGGUCAGUUCCUACUUGGUUCCGGUCCACUUCCCGGCAAGCGAGCCAUUUCAUCUUCAGUUGCCUUCAAGGCUACCUCUGCCUGCAGGCCCGACUACUUUGGGGACCACGCAGAUCAAUACAGGGGAGCGCCCUGCACCGAAGCUCCUGCGCUCCAGCGAAGAUCCGGUCCUGUCGCCUCCUCCAAGUUCCAUAAAGGAGGAACACUAUUGUGGUGAAGAGUCUUCUUCAUUAACCCUCUGGCGCCCUCUUGAGGAAGGCAGCUGUACAGAUAGCGGAAAACCAUUGGCGGGAGUUCUGAGUGACGUUUUUCACGCCCAGGAGUGGAUGUCCUCUUUUGUCCCAGGAUGGCCUGUAAAGGAGGAACCAGCGGGAACUGGCGAGGAGCAGACCCUCUGUGUCCAAGCAUCCCCCAUAAAACAAAAGAGACAGGUUACAGGUCUUGGGUCAUCCCCCGAAAACAAGAGGCAAGAAUUGGGUAGAUCCAGAAGGAAACAGCACUUAGCCCUCUCUUCCUCAGAAGAACCGGUUCUCCUUCUGCCCCUCGGUGGUGGCUCAACUUCCUUCCCGAUGGGACACUGUCCUUCCAGUCAGGAGGAACCUCUAGGAACCCUCGUCUGUGGUCCAGAAGAAGAACCUCCAGUGACUUGCAGGUUGCCGAUUGCUUCCACCCCAAAUAAAACACCCAUAAACACCUCUUCGCCCCUGGCACCUACUGACCCGUGGAGAUUGACCCCUUCGGUCAACGAAAGGAGCCAGGUUGAUUUCAGUUCCCCAAGAUCUUCUCCCUUGCCAUUCCUGUCCUUCCAGGAUAAUUUAGAUAUGGAGUUUAAUGAGACCCCGCUGAGACAAUCCCUGGGUGAUUCUCCCCAGGGCCCCCUUUUGAACGCAGACACGGGUGAAAUAAUCGCUGGGCUCUUGAACACUUCUUCUCCAUCCAGCAAGGUGGCCUGUGAGUUUGCAGGGGACAAUUCCCUUCUGGAAGACGUCGUCUUGGACAACAUGCCUGAGAAUUGGAGCAAGCUCUCGCUAGACAUUAGUUUUCCAGACCCCGGGAACGACAACCUGGAGACCGACCUGAGCUGGUCCCAGCUCCUUCCUCAGCUGAAAUGA